AUGAGGGAUGAAAUAAUAAGGACGCUAGAAGAACCCCACAAAUAUCAUUACAAAGCAGAGUGGUUGAAUAAUAAUGAUCCUAACGAACGACAAUUACUUGAAAUAUUCGCCUUUGGAAACAUUAAGGAUCUGCCGGAAAGUAUAACCUUAACAUCUUUAAUGCGAUCGAAACUCGAAAAACUAACCUUAAUUACAUUAAGUGAAAUAUAUAAUGAAUUAGGUUAUGAGAUUGUUAGGCAAGAAUGCCAAAUUGAAGAUAACGGCAUUAUUGAAACCCAUUUAAUUCAGUUGCAAGACAUCUUCAAAGUAGAGAUGGAUUCCGUCCACAAAUCAAUAAAGUUUUUGAAGAGGUUUGAUUGCAGGGAUGUAUAUUGCAACGAACAAGAACUAACCGUGAUUGCCAACCCGCGAGUGACGAAAGAGUACCUAAUAAACAGCCUUCGGGACUGGGAAACAAAGCUUACACAAAACAUAAUGGAAUAG